GCAGGAAACUAGAUGCGACCGAAGCGAGGAGCGGAACGACGGCCGGGCCCGCCGGAGAAGAAGGCGAAGACGGCAAAUCCACCUCCUCGGGUACAUAUUGUGCGUGCAAAGACACCGGUGCCAGUCGGCCUGGAGUCCACAGGACCGAUCAACCGAACAUAUGAAGACUUGGUGAAGAUGACGGCGGAGCAUCCGUUGUUUGCCGCCAAGUUUGCGCCACACCCGAACUGGGUGUCCACGCUAACCAUGAAGCCGAGCUCGAAAGCCAAGCACAAAAAGAUUGUAGCGAUGGAUUGUGAAAUGUGCGUGACGAUCAACGAAGCGACCAAAGUGCGCAACUCGAAAACUCUCGUCCGAGUCACCGUGAUCGACGGCGAGAAUCCGGACGAUAUCCUUGUGGACCUCAUCGUCCAUCAACCUCCGGCUGGACACGUUGUGUUCAGCUACAAGACGCACAUUCACGGAAUCAAGGAGGACACAAUCACCUCGUCCAAGAUCUCAGAAGACCGCGCGCGGAAGGAAGUGCUCAAGUUUGUCGGCCCCGACACAAUCGUGGUCGGGCACAGCGUGUACGGGGACUUGGCAAGCCUCGGGAUCCACCACACUCGCGUCAUCGACACAUCCUUUCUGUACACGCGGAAGGACGUCCAAGCCAAGUUCAAGACACCCGGGCUGCGUGACCUGACCAAGCAGUUGCUUGCGAUUGAAAUGCCCGCUGUGCACGACAGUUUUCUCGAUGCCAAGACAACCAUGAUGGCCGCCACGUACACGCUGACGCAUCCAUGCGGCGAAGUGCUGUAUUAUGACGGGCCUCGGACAGAUACGGCGGACGAAUCUACCUUGGACGCGUCCGCAGUCACCAUCCCCGUCGUCAAGACGACCAGCACACCAGUUACUGCUACCCCUGUAAGAGCGCCAUCAAUCAACAACGUCGACGACGACGAAAAGGACACCCACUGGCUCGUACACAAGAUUCCCAAAGGCCUGUACAACUCGGAUGUGGAGCAAUUCGCGAUCCAGCAAACAGCCGUGGUCCCAACCAUGGUCGAGAACAUUGUGUUCAAAGACGUGUGGGGAUCGUGCUGUGUCCACUUUCGGACCCCAGGCCAUGCCAAGCUCGCGUUUCGUACCCUCGUCGGGAAAGAAUCGGAGGACCCGCUGAAGCGGCCCGUCAAGACGCUCAACAUCCACGACGCCAAAGGCAAAAAGUUCUCCAAUAUCAAGGUUGUUCAAGUCACCCAACGCAAUAAGAACUAAUCGUCAACCGUGUACAGCUUGGAAUAUCAAGUGGUUUCGAUGCCACAGUUCUGUCCAUGAAGCAUCGGGCGAAAAUAAACCAGAUGACCCGAUCGUCCAAAUUAUGCUACGUCGAUCGACAUGCCACACAUACGAGCGAGGAGAUUCCAUUCUCAU